AUGCCGGCCACCACUUCUGGCGCUGAUACAAAGGCCAACGGAACCGCAAAGUCGCGAGAACACAACCAAGGAAACCAGGACCGCAAAUAUACAACUGAGCAAAAGGCUGCGGUGGUGAGGGUCAGAAGAUGUCCGCCGACGGCAUUUUAUGAUAUCUUGGGGCUUGAAACCGUAAAAACUACAGUGACGGAGACGGAGAUCAAGAAGGCUUAUAGGAAAUUGAGUCUGUUGACACAUCCGGAUAAGAAUGGGCAUGAACAUGCCGAUGAAGCUUUCAAGAUGGUCAGUAGGGCGUUCGGUGUGCUGAGUGAUAAAGACAAGAAAACGAAAUUCGAUAGAUUUGGCGGGGAUCCAGAUAGUAGAUUUGGUGGGGGAGCACCGCAGUCAAGUCCUUUCUCGGGAUUCUCGCAGAGGAGUGCUGGGGGAGGGGCAGCUGCAAGACCUGGUGGGAGGUCUAUGUGGGAAGAGGAGAUUAGUCCGGAGGAGAUGUUCCAGAGGUUCUUUGGGGGAGGAGGAUUUGGCGGCGGUGGUGGAUUAUUCAACGAUCAGCCAGGGUUUGUCUUCAAUCUGGGUGGUGGGCCUGGUAUUAGGGUACAACAGUUCGGAGGUGCAAGACCAAGGCGGAGACCGAGAGAUCCAAAUGCACCAGCAGAAGCCCCGGCUUCAUUGACCCAAACCCUUAUCAGCCUAUUACCUCUUUUACUGCUCUUUGGCCUACCAUUGUUAGGUUCGCUGUUUUCUGGAGGAGAAUCUAGCGGUCCUUCUAUGCGUUUCGACAAUCCUAUACCGCCACAUACCGACCACCGAGUCAGUUCGAGAAUGAACGUCGAUUACUAUGUCAAUCCCAUCGAGAUCAAAGGUUUCAGCAAACACAAACUGGCACAGCUCGACCGAGAAGCGGAGAUUCAAUAUGUGCAGCGACUAAAGGUUGGCUGCGAACAAGAAGUACAACAACGAAAUCAAUUACUACAGGAAGCUCAAGGCUGGUUUAGCACCGAUGUGGAUAAGGUUCAACAGGCUCGAGAUAUGCCGAUGUCGAACUGUAAGAAACUGGACAAUAUGGGUCUUAGGAACCAAUACUGA